AUGGGGAAGGGACAAAGCAAAGAAAAACAAAAGUUCCUUGAGAACCUUCCGUGCAAAGAUUGGAAAGUAGUACAAAAAGAAGAUCCUACAGCAACAGAACCCCUAUGUUACUGGAUAAAAAAGUACAAGUUUAGUGGAAAAUUGUCUACCACCGGUCUAAAAGAGCUGCAACAAAAAAUAAAAAUAAAAUGCAGACAGAAAGAGGAUAUUGAGGAAAGCAUAAUUCAGAUGGAAAACUUGAGACUAUCGUAUCAUCUAAAUGGAAUGGAAGUGCAGCAAGCUUGGAUGUGUAAAUUAGGACCAGACUGGCAUCACGUAAAGGGAAACUAUUCCCCAAUACAAGGCCAAAACAUAAAUGCUCCCGAUUCAGCGGAAUUACGUGGGCAAAUAAACCCAUUAUUGGACAGAAUCAGAACCAAAUUUAGGAGAAGGGCAAACUACACCGAGAUAGGACACUGUAAACAAAAACCAGAUGAGCCAUUUGAUGAGUAUAGGAUCAGAAUGGAAAAAGUGUUUAAAGUACACAGUGGAUUAGAUCCAGUUGAGGAUGAGAAUGGGCCAUAUAAACAACAGCUAAAAAACGCGCUACACUCUGGUUCUUUACCAGACAUAAAUGGGUGGGUAAAUCGUCACCACAUAGGGAUGAGUGGAGGAACACUGGCAGAGUACAUAAACCAUGCCAUCCAUGCUGAAAAAGUGAUAAAAAGUAAGAAAAGCAAGAAGGAGCUCGUCUUUUACCAAGGAGAGGAAGGGAUAUCUGUGUAUUAUCAGCAAUCUAGAGGUAGAGGCCGAGGAAGAGGACGAGGCAGAGGCAGGGGAAGAGGACAGGGAACACGUGCAAAUGACAAUCCUAGAGGAUGUUGGUCAUGUGGGAAAGAGGGACACAUAGCCAGAGAUUGCAAAAACGAUUCCUCACACAACAAUAAGAACGCAUGGCCCUCACACAACAAUCAGAACGCAUGACUAAAACAGGGACAUCAGGAUAAAGAACCUGAGGUCACUGAAAUGGAGGAGUUCCUUGUAACACAUGAGGAAAAAUCAGUUGAAGACGAAGAAGAAAUUCUAAACUUAGAAGAUUUAUUUUAUGAAGAAAAAAUCAGACCAGAAAUUACACUGAUAGUCCAAGGCACUCCUGUUAGAUUCCUCUGUGACACUGGAGCUUGUAGAACCACGAUCAAAGAAACCCUGUCAUAUGUAAUGCCUAGCUCCAAUCAUGUCAUAGUGCGAGCUGCCCAAGGCGUCGCUAAGAGAGUCCAAGAAACAGAGCCCUUAUGGCUCCGAGACCCAGAAGGCAAAUCAUGCCAGCUGUCAGUUCUAAUGCUACCUGAGUGUCCAGUAAAUUUGUUGGGACGAGAUGGAUUAGUGGCCCUAAGCCUAGCCAUAAUGCCAACACCAGAUGGUUUGCAAAUAAUCAGACAGAAACCAGACGAAGUAUACGUAGUACAGGGUGUGGGAAAACCAAAUUACUACUAUACACUAGAUGUACCAAAUAAACCACCAAGCUCUGUAGGAGCUUAUCUCGUGGAAGAAGGGAAAAGAGCUGUUAGAAAUGUACAAGACUGCAUGUCACCAAAUGAUUUGCAUGUUACUAUGUGGUACACUAGUAGCCCUGACCAAAAGUACAAAGAAAGCCUUGAUAAAGUUACUCCAGCCAAACUGACAGUGUCCUAUGUCUACUCAGACGUAACAGCUAACGCUGCGGCAGCUGUCAUUUUGCCAGAACAGGUCAAGUCACUAUUUAAACAGCAUUACCACCCUCAUAUCUCACUAUGUAAAGGGAAAAACACUGAAUGGAAAGACAUAGGGAAAUUAGUGGAUAAAGGAGAAAGGGCACGUGAUUGGGUGGUUACAGGAGUAAAUACCUGGUUUAGCGAAUCCACCGAGUUGUCCAGAAAGGCACUGUUCUGGACUGUAAUUGUUCAGGCUGGGGUACAUCUGGGUAAAAACCAAAAAUGACAAAUCUACUUUACUGAAGAACAGGAAACAUUGUUGAAACAAAUCCCCUCAGAACUAUGGUCCCAAGGACCUACAGAUGUGGGAUUAGUUAAAGGAGCAGCACCUGUAAUAAUAAGACCUAAAACAGAGCAUCGCCCUAGGAUAAAACAAUACCCCCUAAAACCAGAUGCAAUGAUUGGAAUAGAGCCAGUGAUUGAAGGUUUAGAGAAAGCAGGUGUGCUAAUUGAAUGUGCUGAGUCGCCGUGCAACACACCAAUUUUUCCAGUAAAAAAGGCACCUCCAUCAACAGGGUGGAGGAUGGUUCAAGAUCUACAAGCUGUAAACAAUGCUGUUAUCCAAAGAUCUCCAUGUGUGGCAGACCCACACACGUUGCUAAAUUCAUUAAACCCAAAGGCUAAAUAUUUCACCGUAGUGGAUAUCAGUAAUGCAUUUUUCUCGGUACCAGUGCAUAAAGAUAGCCAACACUGGUUCGCAUUUACAUUCAAAGGGAGAAGAUUUACGUACACUAGAUUGCCCCAAGGUUACUGUGAAAGCCCAACUAUCUAUUCUCAGGUGAUAACUUCGAGCUUAUCUACCUUCGAGCCUCCAAACAAAAGCCAGCUGUUGACCUAUGUUGACGACAUCCUCGUAGCAUCAGAAAAACAGGCAGAUUGUGAAGAAGACUCAAUAGCACUGCUAAAGCAUUUGGCUAAAGAAGGCCACAAAGUCAGUAAAAAUAAACUACAGUUUUGCCAAGAAAGAGUAAAAUAUUUAGGUCAUCAACUAAGCGCAGGAGGGAGGACAAUGAUGGAAGAAAGAAAAGCGGCAAUAUUGCAAGCACCCAAGCCACUAACAAAGAAACAGAUGACGUCCUUUCUAGGACUCACCAAUUAUUGUAGAAGCUGGGUGCCCAAUUAUGCAGAACUAACAGCGCCCUUGCAAUCUCUAAUGUACAAAGAAGAGCUAAAAAUGUCUGACAGGUUAAAAUGGACUCCUGAAACGGAAGAAGCCCUUUGCAAGUUAAAACAGACCAUGGUAAACAGCUGUACACUGGCCUUACCUGAUUAUCAAAAAGAAUUUGUACAAAUGGUAGACUGCAAAGGAAAAUUCAUGACAUCCGUGUUGACACAAAUGCAUGGAAAUAAACUCAGACCUAUAGCUUACUAUUCAACCAAAAUGGAUGCUGUAGCGUGCGCCUUACCACACUGUGUGAGAGCAGUGAUAGCAGCGUCACUGGCUGUAAUCUCAAGUGCAGAUAUAGUACUUUUCCACCCGAUUGUGUUAAAAGUACCACAUGCAGUAUCAGCUCUGCUUUUGCAAACCAAGAUGAGUUUCCUGUCACCAGCAAGACAUCUGUCUUGCAUGUCAAUACUUCUGUCACAACCACACCUAAAAAUAGAAAGGUGCACAGUGCUCAACCCAGCAACGCUCCUUCCUACUGAAGAGGAAGGUGAAACUCAUGAUUGUGAAACACUAGCAGAACAAACAGCAAAAAGUAGAGCAGAUCUAAAAGACACUCCUUUAGAACAAGGCGAAACUCUGUUUGUAGAUGGUUCUUCUAAAAAAGAUGAAAAAGGGAAAACAAAAACAGGCUAUGCUGUUGUAACAAAUGACAAAAUCCUAAAAGCAGAAGCACUGCCACAACACUUUUCAGCACAAGCUGCAGAAUUAGUGGCUCUUACUGAAGCCUGUAAACUCAUGAAAGACAAAAUAGCAACCAUUUAUACAGAUAGCCAAUAUGCAUAUGCUACUACGCACACGUUUGCACAGCAUUGGAAAAACAGGGGCAUGAUAACAUCGACAGGAAAACCAGUCACUCAUGCAAAACUACUAACAGAACUGUUGCAAGCUGUGCAACUGCCAAAGCAGUUAGCAAUAUGCAAAUGUGCAGCCCACACAAAAGGAACUGACCCAGUUUCGAAAGGGAAUGCGUUUGCAGAUAAAACAGCAAAGGAAGCUGCACAGAAAGAACUGAAAGUUCUAGUCCUAACAGAAAAUGACCUAGAAAAUGAAACAUUAAGAGAAAUGCAACAACAAUCGCCAAAACAAGAGCAGGAACAGUGGAAGAAAAAAGGGGCACAAAUUAAAGAUGGAAUCCACAUCUGACCAGAAAAUAAACCAAUCCUACCCAAAAGCCUAUAUAAAUGGGCAGCUAUAUUGAGCCAUGGCAAGACACAUGUCUCAACAGGAGGGAUGGUAGGAUUAGUAAAUCAAAUAUAUACAACAUAUGGCUUUAACUCCUAUUCAAGAAGUUUUUGUAGAGCAUGUCUAAUCUGUGCAAAACAUAAUGCUCAAGGCAAUCUAAGACCAAAGAGAGGACAGUUUCCAAAACCAGAUUAUCCAUUUCAACACAUACAUAUGGAUUUCAUAGAACUGAACAACAGUGAGGGAAAAAAGUUCUGUUUGGUAAUAAUAGACUCAUUCUCAAAAUGGAUAGAACUUUUCCCUACAAAGAAUCCAGAUGCAUUAACAGUAGCUAAAGCCCUAUGCAAAGACAUAAUUCCACGCUAUGGAAUUCCAGAAAAAAUCUAUAGUGACAAUGGCUCACAUUUUGUAAAUCAGACAGUAACUAAAAUAGGUCAAGCCUUCCACAUAGAUCUAAAGAAUCACUGCGCCUAUCAUCCACAAAGUGCAGGGCUGGUAGAAAGAAUGAAUGGAACAAUAAAGAACAGACUCAGAAAGUGUAUAGAAGAAACCAAGAGACCGUGGACUAAAUGUCUGGAUUUAGUGAAACUGUACAUAAAUAUUACAAGCACAAAUGGUCUAACCCCUUAUGAAGUGUUGUUUGGCAGACCUUAUAGAUUACCAUGUUUUAAAAACUUAUGGGAAACUGAUGACGAUAGCACACUAGCAGAUUACAUGAGAAAAAUGCUGCAACAACAAAAGCAAUUGACAGAAUCAACUGAUGAUGAUACAACCUCUGUGUCCUUACAGAAAGACCAGUUAGUUGAACCAGGAGACUGGGUCCUGAUAAAAAGUAUAAAGAAGAAGCAUUGGCACUCACCUAAGUGGGAAGGACCCUACCAAGUGCUGUUAACCACAGGUACCGCAGUAAAGAUUGCAGAACGUAGUACAUGGAUUCAUUUGACCCACUGUAAAAGAAUAAUUGGACAUGUCUAAAAUAACUAUUUCCAUCAUACUGUUCGUAGUCACCAUUCUUAUAUGUUUCAUAGUGAUAACUCUAUGGUAUCUGCUGUAGCGUUGUAGCUCUUCAACGUACCACCAGAGAAAGUCCGGUUACAAAGGGAACUGUAAUUUUAGUUUGCAGUUGUCUCAAACCCGGUGAAGAUUGUCCACCACUCUGUUGUAGGUAAAUAGGAGGAGUUCCAAUCUACAGCAGAAUGAUCACUCAAGCGCAUAAAAAGAUGGUGGCAGUGGGUGGAAUAGUUGGAAUGAUUAUGACUGGUAUUUGGACUGUAGUGGCAUGAAACAAUCAGGGCAUUGGUGGGGAAACGUGUUCACCACUACAGGAAAAUGGUCAGAGGGGUCGUUUGGGUUUUCUUCUAAUUCUAAAAAAUGGAAAAAACAGGUCUCUUUGACAAAAACAAACAGAAAGAUAAUGCUGAACAUUAAUACAACCCAAAUGCCUUUCGGACAGCCCGACAGUUUCAGUGAGCAUCAGAACCCGCCGUGUCACGGACUAGCUUUAUGUAUUUGGAGGCCACACGCUCAAGAUCCCUGUACCACGUUACUGCUGUGCCCAAAUGUCACUAUGACAAAUACGACACUAUCUCUAACACCGCCAGACAUCACGCCAGGCCCAAAAUCUAGCUCCCCCGUUAAACCUAAGAUCUACAUAAAACCUGAAACUGAUGAUUGGUUCAAAAUAACCACAGGGGUAUCACGCAUUGACAACAACUGGCUCCUAAUGGUAGAGCAAGCAGCUAAAGCAUACGGAGCAGACUGUGUAGUGUGCAUGGGAGCCAGACCACUGCUGCAAGUGGUGCCCUCAGCGCUGGGUUUAGACUGUCUAGUAGAUGUAAUGAAUAAAACUAUUCCGUCAGAAAACUGCUCCAGUUGGGAUAAAAUUUAUCCUUUGACUACUGCUGAAAAACAAAAGCCUCUAUUUUCAAAGAAAGUAGCUGUAGGAAACUUUACAUGCAUAAAUAGAACCGGUGCUGGGGUCAGACUAGGUAAAUUAAACGACACCCAAUGUUACUCAGUAGAAACAGUGAACAUGGCGUUUAAACCUAAGGCUCGCAGUGACAUCUGGUGGUGGUGUGGAGAUGAUAGAUUAUUUGACAGGUUACCAUACAAUACCACAGGAUUUUGCGCCUCAGUGUCAUUGAUAUUGCCAGUAUCCAUUACACCUCUCACCGUCACUGAUUUGUUGACCACAGUAAACGUUGUUUACCCACACACCUGGAAGAGCAGGCCAAAGAGAUCAGUAAUGUCAGAUGAUCCCACCUACAUAGACAGCAUUGGAAUUCCAAGAGGAGUUCCUACUGAGUAUAAAUUAAUAAACCAAGUAGCAGCAGGUUUUGAAUCCUCAUUAUGUUGGUGGUGUACAAUAAACAAGAAUGUAGACAGAAUCAACUACAUCCACUAUAACGUGCAGAAAUUAGGGAAUAAAACUGAAGAAGGGUUCUCCGCCAUCCACGAACAAUUGUCAGCUACCUCCCUUAUGGCUUUCCAAAACCGUAUUGCUGUCGAUAUGCUUCUAGCAGAAAAAGGAGGAGUCUGCUCUAUUUUUGGUGACCAAUGUUGUACAUUUAUUCCCAAUAAUACUGCAGCUGAUGGAAGUCUAACUAAGGCCUUGGAGGGGCUUAGAUCUCUCAACAGCAAGAUGAAAGACCACUCUGGGGUUGACACGUCAAUGUGGGAUGGAUUUGGAGACAUGUUUGGCAAAUAUAAACAAUUAGUGUUCUCUAUUUUGACCUCAAUUGCUGUGUUUACAGCUAUCCUCACCUUAUGUGGAUGUUGUUGUAUUCCCUGCAUUAGAGCAUUAUGCACUAGAGUGAUAACCACCGCUAUACAACCUGUCAAAACUGAGAUGUCAGAAAUGUAUGCACUCCUCACCCCGGACGGGGACCUUCAGACUAACAGUGAUGAUGAUGAUGAUGAUGAUGAUGAUGAUGAGAAGCUGGAGGCGAGUGAUGAAACGUCAUUACAUUUCCCUGAUCUAUUCCCAGAUCCGGGAGAUUAUGCAACUAACCUCUGAGUGUAACACUUUGAACUAUGUGAUGAAUUUGUGGCUGAAAAUCUGACAAGAAGAGGUCUACAAAUGAUGAUGAAUAUAGCAAAUAAAGUGAAUAAACAGGAGGGAAAUGUUGGAGAAAUUGUACAUAAGUUAUUCUACUCAUUUACUAUUAUUUCAUUAUGCCAUUUCAGUGCUGAAUUGUUGUUUUCAUAAUGUGUGCUUGUGUACGAGUGAAUGUGAGGAAGAUUAGCAGUCAAGGUCGCGUCCAGCGAGGAGGAACCAGCUGCAUGAGUUAGAAAAACAACUUAUCUCAGAAUGUGGGCACGCUCGGACAGUGUGCCAAGAUAGAAGAAGUCAUACUCAGAUAAUGGAAUAUGUGAACUGGUUUCAACUGGAUCUGUUUAUGCACCCUUCCCCAUUAGCAGUUGAAACCUUCUGUAACUAGGGCGUUCCUAACUUAAUAAAAUGCAAGAGGAGCGGAGACUGAUUCAGAGUGGUUUUGGAGGAUUGUAACUGAGCAGUCUCCGAGCACUCUCCUUGCAAGUAAAAUAUA